AUGAUGACUCGUUUCCGCCAAUUUGUCGGAAUCCUCUUCCUCGCAACAUUGGUGUCUUCACAAUAUAAUCCACUAAAGGAUCCUGACGUAUGUGGCUUGCCAGUAUGUCAAGGGGACAACAACAGGAAAUUCAAAUACGACUCGGACAUACAACGCGACUACAGGUAUUCCGUACUAGUGGGAACACUAUUCAACGGAACCAGCCACAACGAAUCCAGUCUCUAUAUUGAGGGAAACGUAUCAUUGUCAUUUCUCACUCCCUGCGAUGGCCUUUUAGCUCUAUCCGACUUCAAACUGAGGGAGAAAAGCCCCAAACAUGGUGGGGAAGAUCCGAACCAUGCUGAUAGCAAAUUAUUCGCUAACAUGAUGACUGAACAUUCUCUGAGGUUCUCUUUCAAAGACGGAAUCAUUGCCGAACUGUGUCCGAAGCCAACUGAACAAGAGUGGGUUCUGAAUUUCAAGAGAGGAAUACUCAGCUUGUUGCAGAACUCGAUGAAUAGAUUGGAUUUAGAUCAUUCUGCGGAAGAAGAAGAUGUUCGAGGAGUGUGCCCUACAGAUUACAGGGUUAUUGGUGCUAAAGAAACCACUUUGCUCAUAGAGAAAACGAAGCAUCUAGAUCGUUGCCGUUGGAAAUCCAGACUGCAAUCUCCGAUCAAAUCGAUUCCAAUAUUUCAAACGAAUAGGAAAAACAACAAUGUUUUGAAGUCGUCGAGUUCCUGUACUCUUUCUGUAGACCACAAUAUCUACAAAGAGAUUAAUUGCAAAGAAACAUACCUACUCCAAGGUUUUUCGAAUAACGGCGAAGGACCUACUACGACAGUGAUGCAAAAACUACUUUUAGUAGACGAAUCGUCAAGAAUACCGAACGAGGAGAGUGAAAUUGAAAAAAGAGUUUCGAUCAUCUUCGAUUACAACACCUCAUCGAAACUGACGCACGAGGACUCGACUAAAGCGGGAGAUUUCAUCAAAAAAUUGUGUCUACAAGAUAAUAUGCCAGAUCGGUCAGCACUGGCUGAUUUAUUCACUGAGCUCAUUCUUGAAAUACGGUCACUCUCAUAUCCAACAUUGAUGAAUCUGUACGAACACUCCGGCAAAAUAUGUCAGACAGGAAGCAAACAUUUAUUAGAUGCACUUCCCUACGUGUCUAAUUCCGUCUCGAUGGCCGUGAUGAGGGAGAUCAUCAAUAAGAAAGGGAUCCCAGAAGGAACUGUCAACGGAUGGAUAUAUUCGAUGAGCACCAUUGCGAAUCCAGACGAAGAAGUGAUGGAAGUGGCAUCGAAAAUUUUGCAGGAAAACAAUUCUUCGAAUACUGCCUUGGGUAUCUCAUCGCUAGCUUACACGUACUGCAGUCAACAUUCUGAUUGCAGUAGCAAUGACGCCGUCGAAUCCAUUGUGAACUAUCUGGAAAGUAAUUUCCUACAAUCUCGAGAGAGGGGAGAUAUCGACGGAAUGAUUAUUGCACUGAAAGCAUUGUCUAACAUCGGAGUGAUAUCGCAAAAAUUCGAGCAGGAACUUUUCAAAGUGAUUGAAAAUUCCGAAGUGGACGUGGGUAUACGAGUCGCUGCAGUUGAGACUUUCCGGCGAUAUUCGUGCGAAGAUACCAGAAGUUAUUUUGAACGAAUAUUUAUCAAUCAAGAUGUCAACUCAGAAGUUCGGAUUGCUUCGUAUUUGCGAAUAAUGACAUGUCCGACCUAUUUACUCAUUCGAUCAAUUCGUAAUUCUCUGCUAACAGAAGAAGUUAAUCAAGUUGGUUCUUUCGUUUGGUCGCACCUGAAAAAUAUCUUGAAAACCGCUAACCCAAGUAAAAUAGAAGUUCAGAGCCUCUUAUCGGACAGCGAUCUGGUGAAGAAGUUCAAUACUGACAUCAGAAAAUUCUCGAGAAACUUCGAAGGAUCAAUAUUUUUUGAAGAAUAUAAUAUGGGUGGAAAUUACGAGGGCAAUGUUAUAUUCUCGCCAUCCUCUUAUAUACCUAGAUCGGCCAUGUUGAAUCUGACCAUUGAUUUAUUUGGCGAGGCCGUCAAUAUAUUUGAGGUGUACGGGAGAGCGGAAGGUUUCGAACAUUACCUGGAAUCAUUAUUUGGUCCGACAGGGUCUUCGCAUACACUCAAGGAAGAUCUUAUGGAUAAGUUGAGGUAUCCGAGAAGUACCACUAAUAACCAAAUAAUAAGGAGCCAAGUGGAAAAGUUGCCUAAUUUACUAAGGAACGCAACGAAAGAUCCCAAGUUGUUAGUCGGAUUUAAGAUAUUUGGUAAUGACGCCACAUUUUCUUCGUUUAGGGGAGACGAUGAGAUUCAAGGUGCAGUACAAAAUCUUAAUCCCGUUUACCAUCUGAAGAGAAUUCUUUCUGGCAAGGAAAUCAAUUACAACAAAUCUGCCAUGUUUUUGGACGGAAAGUACGUUGUUCCCAGCGGGGCAGGUCUACCCCUCUCGCUAACUACUACGGGAACAGCCUCAAUAAACAUCAAAUUAUAUGGGUCUUUAAAAGCUGCCGGCUUUUCCAGAGAAAAAGAACUUGAAGUCGAUCUCACUGCCGAUAUUGAACCGACCGUCUCAGUCGAUUUGACAGGAGAAAUGUCAGUGGACGCUUAUUUCGCCAAUGUAGGGAUUAAGCUCAAGGCAAAUGUAUAUACAGACACCGCAGUACAAAGUUUCGUCAAGAUCAGGGGUACCAAGUUAGCUAGUGUCAAAUUCAGUCUACCUAGGAAGAAGAAUGAAAUAAUCAGUAUUAAGUCGCAACUAUUUGUAAAACGACGCGGCGUGGAGGAACUCCAAGAGGGAAUAUCGAAAAAUGUUAUAUCGAAAUCAGCAUGUUCUUGGCCAGUUGUAGACGAGACAGUUGGCCUAAAGCUAUGUACGGAAUACAAUUUCAUAAACGUGAGCAGAAUGGAUAAUAUUCCAUAUUUCUUGGUUGCCGGUCCUGCUGGACUCAGGUGUUUCCUUCACAAAUCCGAUCCGACAGCAAACAUCUAUCUAUUCGAAUAUAAAAUGAAUCAGCGAAAGGAUUCGAGCAUCGUUACUUUGAUUUUUGAUACUCCCGGAUCCGCAGUGAAGAGACUCAUGAGUGUUAAUUUAACAAUUGAUAGGCAGAGUCAGAAUCUCACACUUUUAUUACAAUCUUCAGCUGGAACAGUUUUGGCCCGCGGAAAAUAUAAGAAUACGCCAGACGAAAAGUCAAUACAAGUGGCGAUUGAUAUUAAUAACAAAAAACACUUCGAUGCCAGUGCUUCCAUCAAGAGAAACCGCAUGAAAAACGGAUUUUCAUAUACUCCAGACAUUUAUUUGGGGGUGAAUGGUGAACGGGUCUUCAGGUUUUCGGGUAACGUGGAUCUCAUGAGCAAAAAAGGGAUAUCACAGUAUAGCGUCGAAUUGAAGUUCGAAACGAAAAGAUUUUAUUCAAAGCUAUAUGGGUAUAUAACGACUAGCGGGACAUCAAUACAAGCUAGUUUGUUCAACGAUUACAAAUUCCAACAUACAAAAGAGCAGCGCGUCACGUUCGAGUUUAGCGGAGCAAACAGAUCCCGAAAAAAUAUGAUUGUCUUUGAUGGUGCCUACAAUCUAGUUUCGACUGCUUAUCCCAAUAUGAACGUUGCUGCGAACGCCACGUUUCAGAAAAGCGGCAAUCACAUGGAUUUGAAAAUAAAAGUACGUCAGAAUCCUUUGAGGCCUAAUCAUCCAGAUGCCGAUAAGAGAACGCUGAAUUUCGAUCUGUUGCUUUCAUAUAAGUCAUUCAUCGACAACAAACGAUUAUUCAAAGCCGUCACGUCUUUGAGCAGACAAUCAAGUAACCUAGCGUUGAAAGGUGAAUUCAUCUACGAGACGUUCAGGUACGACGUGAAUAUGGCAGCAUCGGUCAGCUAUGGAAAAAACAAAGAAAUUUCGACGACGGUUUAUUGGUCGCAUCCGCGAUCUACGCUCGAGCAAUUUCACACGCAUAUCAAUAUCACAAUUCCCUCAUUCACACCAAUGGUCGUCAAACUGGACGUAGAGGAGAAGAUUCCCAAAGAAUACACGAUAGACUUCAACGGUGUAUGGUUCAGCGGCCACAGCAUAUCAGCUGCGGGCUUUUAUUUGGACAACAGUGAUGCGCUUUCCUCAAGUCACCGUUUGAAGCUGUUGCUGAGAUCGCCCAGCUUCAAGGAGACCACCAUCGAUCUGCAAUUCCAUCGUGACAACAACGUAUUGAGAGUGGAUCUGAAGGGUGUGUACGAUAACGUCGAUACGUAUGAACUUUUCAUCAACAAUCAGAUUGUAUCAGAACACACGUCAACAAAUGAAGCGAGGAUAAAAUAUAAACAUAAAGUUUACAGUUAUCACGAUACUGUUUAUGACGGUGAUUAUAAAAAAAUCGAAGCUGAAAUAUAUUUAGCCGAGCUGAGAGACAUAGCUUUUUCGUUGUAUAUCCUCAAUAAAGAUGACAAUAAAUCUCUUGGAUUUGACCUGAACUGGGAUGCAAACAGAGACCCAAAUCAGAAACUGAUGAUUUCAGCUAAUUACAAAAAAUAUGAUUCGUUCGAUUAUACUGCCGAUUUUAUUGUCAGUUAUCCAGGUCGUAAGAUAAAAGGAGACUAUAAAUUUUUAUUACAAAAACAACAUAUUGACAUUUUGACAAGCCUCGGAUGGGCCGAAGGAAGAAGGUUUCAAAUAAGCGUCGAUGCUUAUUACGAAUAUGAAAGACGACUCUAUUUGGAAAUUGCUGCUGAAUUGCAUACACCUUUUGAUAACUGGAAAACAACGAAAUUAGACGGAAAGUUCGAACACGAGAACAACAAAUAUGAUCUGCACGGAGUGGUCUCAUGGGAGAGACGACAAAUGGUCGCCUUCGAUAUAUUCGGCGAUUAUACGUCAAGAGAGCCGUAUUUUAGCUGCAAAUACAGCUGUUCUGUAUCCAGUACCAUCGAUCGAAUCCCGAACAUAAAUACUACUAUACAACAUAUGCAAAACGAGACCAACUUUGACACAGACUUGCACUUAAUGUACAAUCCUGAUUUCGUUAUUGGAGGCGAAAGUAGAUGGAAAGUGGAGAGUGACUCGGUUUUCACUAAUCUGACAGGUACCCUACGCACUCGGAGUCCGUUCAAAGGUUUGAAUAGAGGUAUUCUCGUCAGUAAAAUGGUCUUGAAAGAGGGGAACUAUUUGAGAGGAGCAGCUCAAAUGGAAAUAGACCACAAGAAAAUGGAUGUCGACAUGGAGGGUUACUUUAAAAAACUCACAGACUGCAGACUGACAGUGAACGCAACUACUAUUGAUGACGAUUACCAAUUACGUUUCAUCGUGUCAACCGAGAGACGCCAACUGGUGUCAAUGAUUUCUUAUCCAUCAGGCAAAGUCGGUACAGAGAUUAUUUUAUCGUUGAACAGUAUUACCGAUUUCGAUACGAGAUUCAUCUUGGCGACCCCCCUGGAGUUUUUACAGGACGUGAUUGUCGUAGCCAAAUUGAUACCGGAAGAGGCAGAUUUCAGAGUGAGCUGGAACUUUCUUGUGGUGGGAUUCUCCGGAAUCUGGCAUUAUGCUAACGUCACAGAUUUCCAAUACUCCUACAAGAUUUAUACCCCCAUCGAAGAUUUUGAAGAAAACGGUAUCGUUGGAAAACUCGUGCUCAUGGAAGGCUUAGACUUGGAAUUUUCCAUCAAAUUAUCGAUAUAUAAGCUCGGCACCAAACUUUAUUGCCAACCCAAAUCGAAGCCCUUAGAGGCGCUGAAUGUUCACCUGAAGAAUGUUUAUUCGAGAAGCAAACAGUCGACAUUGGACGGGAAAGAUGUCCCAGCAAUUUUCAGCUGGGAAGGUUUAAUAGAACUGGAUAUCAUCAUUUAUCCAACGAUGAAAGGUCAAUUGGAGAUUGAACAAAAAGGAACCGUCUACAGUCUACAAUCGAAACUGAUUAUGCCACAAGGAGUAGCCAAUAUUUUUGACGAGUUCGAAUAUGCGGAUAUACUGAAAAUGAGGAAUGCAUUGGAAAUUACUACUCCGUAUUCAACGUUUGAACACAUUACAUCCAACAUGGAAUUAGAAGUGGAAGCUGGACAAAAAUACUUAUUAGGAUUCAAUUUUGACUACCAAAAUCGAACAAAACUGAUUCAGAGUCGAGUGCUCGCCAAAUAUUUGGUGGAUACGAAAGGAAACGAAGAGAGGAUAUAUAACGUUACCCUACGAAUUAAUACACCUUUCGAGGCUUUCCCUAAGCUGGAUUUGUUUGGUGCGAUCGAGGCGGAAGAGAAUUUCUAUCAAACGAAAUUAUUAUUUAAUACGAAUGGAAGUGACAUAUCCAUGGACACAACUACUGAGAUUGACAACGGCUUGUUAGAGUUGACAUCGCAAUUCCAUGUGACAACUCCAUCCAUAUACAUUCCUCCAUGUAAUUUGAGAUUGGUGAAAUUAUUUUCGGACACUGAUAACCACUUGGAAAUUAAUUUGAAGAUACCGGAAAAAAUUCGAGGAGAUAUAUACUUCAAGGCGGCAUGGCUCAUACGAUCUCGAAACGAGUUCCGCACAAUGAUAAAGUUGGAAACCCCCUUCAUGGGCCUAGAAAACACCACUGCUGGUUUAGACGUGCAUAUAUCGACUGUGAAAUCUUCCGUUUGGACUGUAGUUCGGAUGAAUCCAAUAGAUAUCGACUUGAAUGCUACUUUGCAAAAUGACGUUCUGACAGCAAACUCUGAAAUUAUUGUCAAUAGGAAAAGGUUUCCGAUAUCAGUUAUUUGCAAAAUCUUGAGAGCGUCUGAGAACAGACGAGAAUUUCGAGGCGAUCUGAAAAUCAAAGAUACGUUGUACGUAAUAACAGGUGAUGCCGUUUCGGUUAGCACAUUGCCAUCGAAGGUUUCGAUAAAAUUCAGUCCGAAGGACAAUAGUUCUCCAAUCACGCUUGACUACCAGCUGAAUCCAACUGCCCUAGGUAAAUAUGAAUUGGUGGGCAAUAUAAAAUACUCUGAACAAUUCACUCGGUUUGGUGCUGAUUUAACGUUCAAAAACAAAUUCAACUGGGAUCUCCACUUGCAGGUUGAUACUUCCAAUAAUGACGAAUUUACUAUCAAUUCGCAAGCCAUUUCUGAUGGUAAUACCAUUCAGUUGAACGUACAAGGUUACACUCCGAUCCCGAAACUGGAAAACCCUAAGCUAGGAGCAACUUACUCUGUCAAAGGACUUCAACACGACAUUCAAGGAUUCUUCGAAGUAACAGAUGCGAGAGGAAAUGCUAGUAUGAGUAUAGUAUGGAUAUUUCUAGAGAAUAUGUUUGUGCAAACUGUGGGUCGAUUCGAAAAUAGGGAAUAUACUAGUGAAUCAUCUAUGAAAGCCUUCUACAAAAAUCCCGACGAAUCGUUUCAAUUACUGAAUCUUGGGGGAGAUAUCCAAAUUGAUAAAUUCUGGGGAUCUGGAACUAACAUGACUUUGACUCUACCACCAGAAAGAGGUAUGGGCUUAUUAGCACAUAUAAGAGUUCCUGAUGAAACCAAUGAAGUCCAUAGUCUAUUAGCAGAUCUGAAAUACACGAAGAACAUUAAAAAUAUCGGGUAUUUGUUGAAAUAUAGAACAAGCUCUUCUUUGAAGAAGUACGGAAUGUGGGGAGACAUAUCCAUGGAAGACAAAACGAACUUAUCAGGGAAUAUUGAGCUGGAAUGGAAAGGCGAACGGUUCAAUAACUUUGCGAACCUCAAAAGAUCCGGGAAAACAUUAGACCUAAUUUACAAAUUAAAAACCCCCAAGUUUAUUGACAGGCAACUUCUCGUAACGGAAAUUAAGUAUAAAUCUUCAGGCGAUCACCAUAAUUUAACAUGUGAUGCAUUCUAUCCUGAGUUUCGAUCAGUUGCACAUGCUACAGUGGAUUAUGAAGAAUUGGCCAAUAUGAAUGGAAUGUUCAAUAUUACUAUCCCACAUAGAUCCCUCAAUUAUACCGGUGCUUAUUUCAAGACAGAAACGAAUACAAUCGCAUACAAUAGAUACAUCAAGGUAUUCUGGGAUGGCGAUAAUGCAGUUUUGGACAACAAAUGCCACAUAAAAAAUGGACCCACUUUGUUUCAUCGCAAAAUGGAAGGUGACUUGAUUAUCGAAUUACCAUUGUCAACAAGGCAUAUUGCAUUGGUUAACUAUGUGUAUGACAAAAAAGCACAAAACAGCAUUGGAGAUGCCAAAGUAGACUAUAACGGAGAAAAAGUGCUGGAAGGUAAAUACACCUGCCUGUCGGAAUCUAGAGCAGGAUCGGACAAGGAUACCAUCCAUGUGGAAUUGAAUAACAGGAUGUUUCCUAUUGGAGCCGAUUACGUUUACAGGCACGAGUACAGUGUUUCAAAAGAUGGAAUCAAUGCUGCUUCAUUGGAAAACAAACAUGUGCAUCUUUACCAUUUGCAAAACCGAUCGAGGCUAAACGUAAAAGGAGAAUUGAAUAUUCGAACGUCUCGGAGUGGUCAAGAGUACUUUAUUACUGCCAUCCAUUCGAACAGAAUCGUUAGAUUUUGGACCGACUAUGACGUCAUAGAUAAAGAAUAUAAGCAGCAUUCCCGUUUGGAAUUAAGCCCUUCUAACUGGAUAGAAUACGACUUGAACCUCUUCGAUAGAACUCUGGAUGAAAGGUACGAUGCUCAGCAAGUCGUAAUCAACGUGACCUACCCUCGCCGUAGCUUCACGGCUCAAGGUUUCUACAACAUAAGUGAUUCAAUUGUGACGAGCGAUGUGUCUCUCAUGUGGGACAAAGAUAUCAAAACGGUGCAAGCAGGCCUGGAUUGGAGACGUGCUUCGCCUCAUCGAGAACAAUUAUUACUUAUGAUCAAACAUCCUUCUUUCGAACGGGAUGUUACCCUCCGCAGUGAAUAUGGCUACAAUAAAUCCGCAAUCGAUGGUCAUAUAAUAGUGGACUAUUCGUUGAAUCCAGAUCAAAGGUUGACGUUAGAUGGAAAAAUUAACGAUAAUUCUGAUUCGGUUACCUACAACUACACGUACAAUAUUUUGGCCAAACACAAUGCGACAAAUUUGAAAUUGAAUUCCAGAGGCGAUUUCUAUUGGGAUGCGAGUUCUUUUGGUACGAAACACGUCACAAAUUACCAGAGAUCAUAUUUGCCACUAUCGAUAUCAGAAACUUCGGCCAGAAUAAACAUGGACCAGAACGAAAUUGAAUUGAAGAAAGACAAUAUCGCUAGUGGGAAAUCGUAUUUUUGGGGAAGAUAUGAUGGAAAAUAUCCUGUUUACACAGCAAACAUGUCGGCCGCCUAUGAUACAAACGAUACAGAAGGGGAGUUUUAUAUUAAUUUCCAACAGAAGUUACUCUACUUGAAUCUCAACAUGACAGAAGACGGAAGUCAGAGCCUUCGCAUGUACGGCGUCAUUCCAGACGCCCGAAGCGCUGUGUUUGAUAUCUGGCGCGAAUACGAGGACAAGAGGGUCUCUGAUGUUGCCUACUAUCUGAAGCUCAAUCAUUCGAGAUUGAUUAUGUCUAGUUUACGGUGGAGACCAGAGUUGAUCGCCGACCUCCAGAGCGAUGUCCGUGGAGCUGUGAUGAAAUUUUAUAUCGACACUCUCGAAGGCAUCAAUAACACCAAGCAGUACGUGAAAGCGGAAAGCUUGGAUGCAAUUAACGGUAUUUGGUUGGAAGCGAAGCCAAGAAUCCAAGCCUUCUUAACCGAUCUCAGGAAUCUCACCGCCAUCGAGGAAGAUAUCGAAGAGCUCAAACUAUUUCUGAACAAUUCUUACGAAGCUAACGAAUUUUACAUCAGAGACAUCAUUUCGACUGUCAACUACAUGUUUGACGAACUGGCUCUCAAAUCGCAUUUUCAGUCUCUGCCGAAGAUCGUUCAAGAAAUUUGGUCCGUCAUGGGCGACUCUGGCCAAAAGUUAAAAAAGAGCGUAUUGUGGGUGAUCGAAAAGAUAAAAUUCUACUACAAAGAAACCACUGAAUUUAUCCACGAACUAAUCACUGGAGAUCCAGUUGAACAUCUUUCGACUGGUAUUGAGAGGUUAGUCGAAAAAUACGACAGAUUCAUCAAAGAAUUGCACGUUGCAGCCAUACAGUACAUGGAGAAUUUGUGGUCGCAAAUCUCCAGUUUGAUAGUGGACUAUUGGCACAAAAGUUUGGCCAGUUUGGAGCCAACAUUCUUAAAGAUGAUACAUUACCUCGAAUCGAUCGGAUGGGAUACAGUUAAAGGGUUUUUAGAUUUCCUGUAUCAACGAAAAAACCAAAUCAUAGAAUCACCGUAUUUUGCUAAGAUUGCGAAAUUUUCCCACGAUAUCGACAAUUUUUAUAAAGAUAUAACAGGCAAUAACACGUUAGUAAGUAUUUACAAGUAUUCUGAAGUGGGCUGGAGAUUUAUUACGGAAAAAUACAUCAAUUCCAUUCCUUUCGGAAAAGAAAUUAUGGAUAUAGUUGAUGAGAUUAUGACUGAACUGAAGCAAAUAGGAGAAAUACCCUCGAUUAAAUACUUAAUGAAUAAAUGGUACGAGUCCUACGAAUACUUUCGAUACUAUUACUUCUACUUCGAUAUGGAGACCAGAAUUCACAAAGUCAUGAAAUUAGUUUAUACCAAAAUUUGUGACUUGUCCGUGACUGCAUUGGAAUAUGACAAUAGACACAGGAAACCGAAAACGAAAUUCAUAUUCGAACCGAAAGACGGCAUAAUGGUGUGGGAGCAGAAACUGCCUAUGUCGUGGCACGCGUUCAACGAGACGCCCAAUUUCAAAGAAAUUCCAGAAAUCAAAAGAAUAUACGAAAUAAAACAUUAUUUGGAAGUCGCUCAAGGAUCUUUCUGGGAAUUUUACUAUGAUUUCAAGCCACUCUCAGACCCUUCCCAAUGGUUCCCACCAUUCAAAGGUCAUGCGAUGCUAACGGGAUCAAAUUAUUUUGUGACAUUCGACAAAAAUUAUUAUCAUUUCCAAGGAAAAUGUACCUAUCUAUUGGCAACUGAUUAUGUCGAUCGAAAUUUCACUCUGCUAGGAUCCUACAACGAUAUAGGCAGAACGAAUGAACUAGUUUUGAUACUCGGAAAACACAUAGUACAUAUUUAUAUAUUCGAAAAUAAAGUCAUCAUCGAUGAUGCCAAACUGGAAUUGCUGCCUGCUCAAAUAGGAGAGACGUAUCUUUUCAGGGAAGCUGGAUUAUUCAAGGUGGAGAGUACUCUAGGAUUCGUUCUGGAAUGUAAUAUGAAAUUCCACACGUGUACAUUCGAGAUGUCAGGGUGGUACUAUGGAAAAACAGCGGGACUCUGGGGGACGUAUAACAAUGAGCCAUCGGACGACCUAUCGACUCUCGAUAACCACAGAGCGAUCAAUUCCAGUUUGGAAAUAUUCGGAAACAGCUGGGCAUUAGAAAAGAGCUGCAAGAGCAGUUCCACGAAGAGAGACGAACCGAAGGUCUCAAAUCCACCAAGAAUAGCGGCCAUGUGCGAGGAGUUCUUCACCAGCAAGGUGUCCCAGCUGAGCACUUGCUUCCCGAGAAUAGCGAAAGAUCAUUUUCUGUCGAUGUGCCUUGACAGUCGCAGCGAAGAGGAGGCCUGCAUGUCUGCAGUGUCUUACAUUAACCUAUGUUCGUAUGCUAAUACGCCACUCAGAAUACCAGACACGUGUGUAAAGUGUAAUUUACUAAAUGGAACGGAGAAACAAGAAGGUGAUUUCAUUCGAUUACAUGGUAGCGAUGUGCCGAAGACGGCCGAUGUCGUUUUUAUAGUAGAAACCAAGAAGUGCAAUAGGGAUAUAAAAAAACUUCGAAAUUUCGAUAUUUUAGUUGAAUUAUUAGAGAAAGAACUGGGAGAACUCAAUAUCAAAAAUAAUAAAUACGCCGUUGUGACAUUCGGAGGAGAUGGAGUUUUCGAUGAACCAAGAAGUAUUGUAGUCGAUGGAAAAACAUUUGCCGACUCGAAAUCCAUCAUGCCAUAUUUUGAUAAUAUGCCUUUAGGAAAUGGAAACGCUGAUAUCUUCAAUGGAAUUAUGUUUGCAUAUAGUCUUAUAUUCAGAACUGGAGUUUCGAAAAAUUUUGUUCUGAUACCCUGCUCUGAAUGUAACCACAACAAUAUGCUUCACGACUAUUCAACCAUUCAUCAACUACUCUCGGAAAGUGCUAUUUCACUACACAUUUUGAUGAACGAUCACUUCGCUGUUCAAAAGGACCGUGAAGGAAAAAUUCCAUUUGGAAUUGAUAGACGGUACGCCUACACCAAGAGAGACAUAAGAAGUCUUUUGGGAGAUCAGCCCCUGCGAAAGUCAAUCAUUCUCCCUAAAUCUACCUUGGGUCCUUGCUUAUCUCUGGCCCUAGAAACUAAUGGUACGAUUUUCAGUGCGAAAUAUUUGGAGGCAGAAAAAAAGAAUGCGAAAAAAAUGUCAACAGUGUUUGCCAAGAGCUUAGCUAGGUCAGCAAUGCCACCUCAGUGUCUCGACUGUGAAUGUACCGCUGCUGAUACAGGCAUUUCAUACAUGGAGUGUUUCAUAUGCACCAUGACUAAUUCUACAAGACUAAAUUUUGAGGUACUUGGACUCGACGAUGAGGACAUGACCCUUUUUGAUGGAUUCAAUUUUUAG